CCACUGAGACCUGCCUCUGAAGGACAUGAAAAUUUCCCUCCACAAAAUGCGAUAACAGACCAAGAGAGCAGCCAACAGAUAGAACAGCUGGAAUUUGAACUCAAGAAAAAGCGCAAAAAAUGUGAAAACCUUGAGCAUGAAGUGAGGAAAAAGCAUAAAAGAUGCAAAGAACUGGAGAUCCAGCUGCAGGAGGUACAAAGUGAAAAUGCACGACUGGCCGAAGAGAACUUGCAGCUGAACGAGAAGGCUGGAUGGGCAGGACAGGUUGAAUCUGAGAAUGCUGACCUGAAACUGCAGGUUGUUUUGGUUACUAAGGAACGGGAUUCAGUAAUUCAGACGAAUCAAGGACUCCAAACCAAGCUGGAGAAUCUAGAGCAGGUGCUGAAGCACAUGAGAAAUGUGGCUGAGCGAAGGCAGCAGCUGGAAGUCGAGCACAAGGAAGCGCUGCUAGUCCUGCAGGAGAAGCAAGAGGAAGUCAGACGGUUGCAGCAGGCACAGGCAGAGGCAAAAAGAGAACAUGAAGGAGCAGUACAGCUUCUAGAGGCCCGGGUGAAAGAUCUUGAAGACCAGUGUCGCAGUCAAACAGAGCAGUUCAGCCUCCUGUCUCAGGAACUCAAACAAUUCCGGCUUCAAACAGGAAAGAUCGACCUUCUUACCUCUACGCUGGUGACUUCUGAACUUCCUCUUGCUCUGUGCAGCUCUACCCCACAGCCCCACUGGGAGAAGGAAUCGACUGUUCCUGGAUUGCUCGCUCACCAGAGCGCAAAGAAGGUUCACAAUGAAGAGACUGAUGAGUUGGAGUCAUCCCAGCAGGCACCUGAUGCCACUGUUGGCUCCUCAGUUGCUCCUGUCAGUUCUCAGAAACAAGCCAAGAAAGUGGAAUCUCAGUCAAACUCUUCAAAAUCAGAAUCUAUGCAGAACAGUCCAAAAUCUUGCCCAACUCCAGAGGUGGACACUGCAAGUGAAAUGGAAGAAUUGGAUGUUGACAGCAUCUCUCUGAUGCCAGAGCCGGGCAGCCAAGGCCCUGCAAAGCUCCAGGUGUUCUUAGCUCGAUACAGCUACAAUCCUUUUGAUGGACCUAAUGAAAAUCCAGAGGCAGAGCUUCCGCUGACUGCUGGAGAAUAUAUUUACAUCUAUGGAGACAUGGAUGAAGAUGGCUUCUUUGAAGGGGAGCUGAUGGAUGGCCGGCGAGGGCUGGUCCCCUCCAAUUUUGUUGAGCGAGUUUCAGAUGAUGACCUCAUGACGUUUCUGCCUUCGGAGCUGAAUGAUCUCACCCAUAGUUCAUACCAGGAGAAAAGCUUUGUCAGUGCAAGCACAAGCAGUGGAGAUAAGAGUGAUUUCUCCAUUGAAGAAGGUAGCAUCAGUCCAUUGGCCAGUAGAGCAGAAGGAGACCAGGAGGAACCUGUUAGUCAUACAGCAGUGCCUUACCCAAGAAAAUUGACUUUGAUCAAGCAGCUUGCCAGAAGCAUAGUUGUAGGCUGGGAAGCACCACUUUUGCCAGCUGGCUGCCCAGACAUACAAAGCUACAACAUCUAUGUGGAUGAAGAGCUACGUCAAAACGUGAAGAGUGGCUUUCAGACCAAAGCCGUCAUUGAAAAGCUGGAUUUAAAGACGAAGGCUUACCGUGUAUCUGUGCAGAGUGUGACAGAGCAAGGCAGUUCUGAUAAACUGCGAUGUACUUUCUUUGUGGGGCAAGACUUUUGUGUGGCACCAGCUAUGCUGAAGGUCAGAAGCGUCACUGCCACAUCAGCAGAGGUCAUGUGGCUUCCCUGCAACAGCAAUUACAACCAUGCUGUGUAUCUCAAUGGGGAGGAAUGUGACAUAACAAAACCUGGGGUCUACUGGUACACUUUCCGCAACCUGCAGCCGAGCACUCAGUAUGUUGCCAAGCUGGAGGCCCGGCCCUUGAAAACACCUUGGGAAGAGGUCCCAGCGGGACAAGAGCAGAACUCAGCUGUGAUACACUUCACUACCCCACUAGCAGGCACACCUGAUGCUCCUUUGGAUGUCCAGGUAGAAGUCGGCCCCUCACCAGGUAUCCUCGUUAUCAGCUGGUUACCUGUCACCAUUGAUGCUGAAGGAUCUUCCAAUGGAGUUCGCGUCACUGGUUACGCUGUGUAUGCGGAUGGACAGAAGGCAAUAGAAGUUACUUCCCCAACAGCUGGGAGUGUCCUGGUGGACUUGUCCCAGCUUCAGAUGUUCCAGGUGUGCCGGGAGGUUUCUGUGAGAACAAUGUCUCUGUAUGGGGAGUCAGUGGAUUCAGUUCCAGCCCAGAUUUCCUCAGUCUUGCUGCGAGCAUCUCAACGCUCUUCACCUUCAGCUUCUGCAGUCACUUUUAUCUCUAGACUUCCCCGUGGAGAACUGAGGGGCUUUCUGCCUGCACACAGCCCACCCAUGCACCAGACGGCUGCACACCUGCUUCAACAAAAAGUUCCUACUGAUAGCUCAGAUGCCAAAUUGACUGAUCUCUCCUCCAGCCACGACAGCUCAGCACGAUCUCUGCCAGAGAAAGCCUCUUCACUGCUGCACCUCUCCUCUCCCAGUGCUUCCUUGGUGCAGGUUUUAGGCACUUCCCCACAGGGAUUGGACACUGCGCAAGACAAGAAAUGCCUGACUGUGCCAACUCAGCAAGCUGGCAGCACAGUGCUCCCUGGUGAGGGCACAGAGCCUGUCCCUUCAGGGGAAGUAGAAUUGCAAGGCCUGGGCAAAGGGCUGGAGGUGCAGGUGGAGCCACCUGUAACCAAAGCACCAGAGCUGGGAAGCCCAUCUAACAGUAGUCUGAAGAAAUGUAUGGAGUCCUGCCAUUCAUGCUCUGUGGAAGAGUCACCAAGAGAUCCCAAUGCUGAACGAGAAAAAGAGGCAAAAGAGAAGCACUUGAACACAGAGCCUCUGCCCUCCCCUAGCCAAGCUGAGGGGACAGAGGGCACCUCCCGAGAUACAAGCAGGGGUGGGAGCAGCUGCCAGGAGUUCCUGAGGUUGUCCACUGGCAAGGAGGUGAUGAAAGAAAUGUCCAGAGUGAAAAGAGAGCAAGAAGAAAAAGUGUCUGACAUGGGAAGACGACAGCUGAUGCUUUUUGCUGAGCACAACCGUAGUUCUGACCUUUCAGAUAUUUUGGAAGAGGAGGAAGAGGAUGAACUAUCUUCAGAAGCUCUGGAAGAGAAGAAAUGGGAUCAGAGAGACACAUGUUACCGGGAGAAUGGGGAAAAGAUGGAUCUUUGUGAUACUGACAGCGAUGAGGAGAUUCUGGAGAGGAUACUAGAGCUCCCGCUUCAGAAGAACCACAGCAAGAAGUUGUUUAGCAUCCCUGAAGUGACUGAGGAUGAGGAGGAAGAGGAGGAUGAGAAAUGUGUUACGGAGGAAAAGGCAAACCCUCAAGACUCCUUGGAAACACUUACCUACCAUUCAGGAAGGACAGAGAAGCCGCUCCACAUCAACGAGCCAUUUCUAAAGGCAGAUGGGAGUAAUAUCUCCAUGGAUCUGUCUGCUCAGACUCCGCAGGAGGAGCAUGGUGUUAAGGACAGCAGAGGAGAUGCUGAUCAUGCGAAUCCUGCCUUUGUCCAGCUGGCCUGGAGUCAGAAGAAAGCAAACUGGAGCUGGGGCUACCAGGAGAAUGAUCCGAAGUCUGGGACUGGGGCAAGUCCUGCUUGGAGCAAGAAGAAGGGAAAUAAUUAUCGAGAGAAGAUCCGGAGUCAACCAGAGAUGGGUAGGAAGAAACAGAAUGAUUUAACAGAGCACUGCAGUCGUCUGCUGGGCAACUGCAGCCAGAUGGGAGGUGGGUUAUACAGAGCUCCUAGCCUCAGGGAAGAGCUGAACAUUGUGAGCAGUGCUAGUGGUAAGGAGGGGUUUGAUAUGUACAGUCGUGCCAGACAAGGCACCUUACGAAAAAAACACAGGAAAGGAAUAGCUUCAGGGUUUGCAGAACCUGCUGUGAUGACAACACACUGCUCCAGCUCCAGGAGCCUGGAAAUAGACAUUGAGUAUGACUCUGAAGAUGAUCAGGAUUCAACCUGUGCAUCCCCCCCUGAGAGCAGGCUGUGGCCGGAAAGGUCCCAGAGCUGCCAAGGGGACUGGAGUGAUUGUUCUAGUCAAUCUGAGGUUGCUCACAUGGAUGGCAGAAGGGGCCUGACCAGACUGGAGAUGGUGGAAGAGCAGGGUGUGGAGUGGGCUGGGUCUCCAAGCCGGCGCCUGCGAUUCUUCUGCCGGGAGAAGGAAGCACUGAGAUGUGAGAGCAGUUCUGAGGAGCAGGGCUGGGAACUGGACUGUAAGUCACCUGGCUGGAGAAGGAGGCUCGAACAUCCUUCGAAGGGGAUACAUAGCACCUCCUUGCACAAAAGGGCGUCCGGUAAUAAAGAUCCUAGGGGCCAGGAGCUGCCUGGCGCAGCCGCCUGGCAGGCUCCUAGCAGAAGAGGAAACAAGAGCAUAAGAAGAAGCCAAAUGCAGCUCUCUAGUCCAGGUCCUCCAAGGAGCGCUGCUUCAGAAAUCUCUAUUAAAGAUGAUGGCAUUAGAAUAUUUGUGGCUCUCUUUGACUACGAUCCCGUUUCUAUGUCUCCUAAUCCUGAUGCAGCAGAAGAGGAGCUCCCAUUUAAGGAGGGACAGAUCCUGAAAGUAUGUGGAGACAAGGAUGCUGAUGGCUUUUACAGGGGUGAAUGUGCGGGAAGGGAGGGGUACAUUCCCUGCAACAUGGUAUCAGAAGUUCAGGUGGAGAAUAAUGAAAUCAAGAAGCAGCUCCUAAAGCAAGGGUUCCUGCCUGCUGACACACCGAUGGAGAGCAUAGGAAAUGGCACAUUUUCUUCACCUCCACGCCGCCAAACCGUCCCUCCUCCAAAACCCAGACGCUCCAAGAAAGGGCUGGAUAAACAGGAGAAGUACAAGUCUCAUCCAG